AUGGCGCAAACACAAUCAAGUCAAACCAAUUAUCCAGUUAUUGAUAUAGAUCCACACUUUAAACGAGUAGUUAGAUAUUUUAGACCUUCAGAUUAUGUGGUAUGGGCAGGUGUUACUGCUUCCGGGCCUGCUUUUAUGUUAAUGAUGGAAAGAACAGGUGGUCCUUCAAAAGGGUUACCAAUAGCAUUAAAGCUCUCCACAGUGCUUGGUUUCUCAGCAGGAUUUUUACUUUCUUAUCAAAGAAGUAGUUUAAGAUUUUGGGGAUGGACAGAAAAUUCCAAAGAAAUGGAAAAAGAUAGAGAUGAAAUGGCUAAACUACUUGAAAAAGGUGAACCACUUUACGGGCCUGAGCACAUGGAUGAAUUUAAUCAAAAAGCUUCUUCGUGGUUUUCGAAAUAUUCUGCUUUGAAAUUUUCUUCUAUUCCUUGGUUUAAUUUCGCUAACCAUCGUUCACAUGGAGUUGAUCCAAAAAAAUAUGAAAAUAAUUAA